UCUACACGGAAACUUGGAGCUCAAGUGAUCAGCGAAAGAGCCGUUCACAUUAUGACUAUCUUCACGAGAUAUCUCACACAUAGGUUCGUUUUAUGUGUUUUAUUGUCGCUUUUCAUUUUCCAGUUCUUGCCUAACGCAACCUGCCAGCAACAGCAAGAACCAGAAUCCAAGGUCACGGCGGAAUCAGUAAUUGGAAUCGUUUUGCUUUCCUUCUUCCUCUUUAGUAUAAUCGGUUGCUGCUUCUUCUAUGCAUGCCAGAGUGCAGAGAUUGAAGCCGAAAGCCGUCAAGUGCUGCACACUAGAGAAAGGCAUGGGCUCGAGAAGGACAUCAUCGAGUCCUUACCGUUUUUCCUUUAUUCAGAGAUUAAAGGGCUCAAGAUAGGCAAAGGCGGGGUGGAAUGUGCAAUUUGUUUAAACGAGUUUGAGGAUGAAGAAACGCUACGUUGGAUGCCUCCUUGUAGCCACACUUUCCAUGCUAACUGCAUUGAUGUCUGGCUCUCUUCUCGGUCUACAUGUCCGGUCUGUCGUGCAAAUCUGUCUCUGAAACCUGGCGAGAGCUUUCCUUAUCCGAGUAUGGAUCUUGAAACGGGAAAUGCACAAAGCAGUUUUCAAGAAUCCCCCAACGACAUAAGCUUGACAUGUAACAACGAUGCAAAUUAUAUAGCACCUCGAUCGAGAUCUACAGGCUUAUUGUCUAGCUGGCGUAUGGCAGAGAUAUUCGUCUCUAGAUCUCAUUCGACGGGACGUUCAGUGGUUCAACUUGGUGAGAACCUAGAACGAUUCACACUGCAGUUACCCGAUGAGGUGCAAAGACAAUUGGUUGGCUUGAUCAAUCCGAUAUGGAGAAGCCACAUGGCCUUACCUCAAGCCAGGAGCUCGAGACAGGGCUACAGAAGCGGCAGUGUUGGGAGCGAGAGAACCAGUUUCUCUCAGGGACGACAAACACUUCGGCGGGCCAUAUCUAUGUCUUUGUCUUUUCAAGCUGCUUCUGUUCGGUCCACACUUGGCAAGCACGUCCAAGAGACUUCCCAAACUAAGGAUAAAGAUUCUGGUGAGCGGUCCUUUGAACGACUCAUGCCAGAGAAGGACUAACAAAUAAU